AUGGCACCCCUCACCACCGACCUCCCCCACCCAACAACCCAAUGGUCCCUCCUCCAGGAACGCUUCUACCGCAAAGUCGAGAAAUACACCCUGGACUGGCACCAAGACGGCAUAGAUCUCGACGAGUAUCAAGUCGUUGGUGCGAGUUGUGGUGGUGCAAUCGCGUUGAUUAGGGAUGAGAAUCGGAUACAGAAUUAUACGGGGAAAACGGCGACGAGGCCGGCGGUGUUGGUGUAUAGCGCCAGUGGACGACUCAUACGGAAAAUUCAGUGGGAUAAAUCACGAAUCAGAGGAGCUGGGUGGUCAGAUUCCGAAAGCCUCAUUCUCGUGACAGAAACUGGAAUCGUACGGUGUUACGACCUCAGCGGCGACUUCUCACAAUUCAACCUCGGAAAGGACGCCGAAGAUAACCUCAUCCUCUCCGUCCGAUUCUGGUCCCGCGGCCUCGUCGCCCUCCUAGGCAACAACCGCCUCACCUCAAUCUCCCGCUACGACGAACCCCGCCCCCGACUCCUCGCAUCCCCCGGUCUCUCCCCCGAUGCGUCAAUCACCGCUUGGUCGAUCCUCCCACCCGAACACACGCUCUCUCGACAUGUGGAGUGUUUGUUGGCGACGAAUGGGGGGAGUGUGUUGGUUGCUGAUGCGAUUGAGAGUCAGGAUCAGAUGUUGACGCAGGGUCCGUUUUCGCAUGUUGCUGUUAGUCCGGAUGGGGCGUUUGUUGCGUUGUAUAAUCAAAGGAAGGGGAAGAUGUGGGUUGUUAGCGCUGAUUUCCAGCGGAGUUUGAGUGAGUGGGAGAGUGGCCGCGCAGGCGAGGAGGUACGGGAAGUUGUGUGGUGUGGGAAUGAUGCUGUCGUCGUUACCUUUGAGGGCGAAGUGGUGGUUGUUGGCCCGAGUGGUGGUGUAUUGACGUAUUACUACGACUCCACCCCCCACCUCCUCCCCGAAAUCGAUGGUGUCUCGAUAUUGACAACCGAGCACUACGAACUCCUCCACCGCGUCCCAGACUCCACCGCCGCAGUCUUCAGCAUCGGUUCAACACACCCUUCCUCAACCCUCUUGGACGCAUUAACCCAUUUACACAAUUCCGCACCGCAGGCGGAUGCGGCGAUCCAGCUUAUUCGUCCGAGUCUGGCGGAGGCGGUUGAUACGUGUGUUAAAGCCGCGGGGGUGGAGUGGGAUGUUGGCUGGCAGAAACGGUUACUUGAGGCUGCGGGGUUUGGGAAGAGUUAUUUGGAGGGGGAGUUGGGUGGUGCUGGGUGGGCGGGGGUCGAGGAGUUCGUAGGGAUGUGUGAGGCGUUACGGGUGUUGAAUGCGGUACGAUACUACGAAAUCGGUAUUCCGAUAUCGUGGGAGCAGUAUCAACGCUUGGGGCCGGAGAUGUUGAUCGAGAGACUCCUUGCCCGCCGUCAACAUUUCUUGGCCCUGAAGGUCGCGGAAAGUCUCCAUCUAAGCACAGAAGCGAUUUAUGUCCACUGGGCAUGUACCAAAAUCAGACACUCCUCCGCUGACGAAGACGAGAUUGCGCACACCAUCAUCACGAAACUCACGCAGGGGAAGAGUGGGAGGAGGGGCGUGAGUUUCGAUGAGAUUGCGAGGACGGCGUAUGAGGAGGGAAGGGUGGGGUUGGCGACGAGGUUGUUGGAUCAUGAGCCGAGGGCUGGGAGGCAGGUUCCGUUGUUGUUGAGUAUGGAGGAAGAUCGGGGGGCUCUUGGGAAAGCGGUGGAGAGUGGGGAUACUGAUCUUGUAUACUUUGUGCUGUUGCAUCUAAAACGGAAAUACUCCCUCGCGGAGUUCUUCCGGUUGAUCAGCGCUUUCCCCAUCGCGAUGGAUUUGGUGGAGAAUUAUGCGAGGGAACAGGAUGUGGAGUUAUUGAAGGAUUUUUAUUAUCAGGAUGAUCGGAGGGUUGAUAGUGCGAAUGUCAUUUUGAGGGAGAGUUUGGAGCAGGAUUUGCGGUCACGACUGGACAAGUUGGAUCUUUCGAUGAAGCUGUAUCAGGAGUCCAAGGAGCACGUAUUUGAAGUAAAGGCACUCCAAGAAUCCGCCCGCCUCCUCACCAUCCAAGAAUCCCUCGAAAAAGACAUCCAAGACGAAAAAUUCCUUAACCUCUCAAUCUCCGACACGAUCUUCAAACUCAUUGAACUCUCCCAGCCCUCAAAAGCUGAUAAACUCCGCAAAGAGUUCAAAGUCCCCGAUGCUCGAUUCUGGUGGAUCAAGAUCCGCGCGUUGGUCAAGAAUCGGGAUUGGCACGAAUUGGAGCAAUUCGCGAAAUCGAAGAAGAGUCCGAUUGGGUAUGAGCCGUUUGUGAACGAGUGUAUUGCGAGUGGGAAUAAUACGCAGGCCGCGGCGUAUAUUGCGCGGUGUUCGAAUUUGACGUCGAGGCAGAGGGUAGAGUUAUACGUGAAAAUCAAUGACUACAAGGGUGCUGGACAGGAUGCAUUCAAGGCGAGGGAUUUACUGAUGUUGCAGGAGUUGAGACCGAAGGCGCAAGGAUCAGCUGCUCGGGAACUGGAUAGCUGGAUCGCACAGUUGUCUACAAAAUAG